AUGGAUGAGUAUCAAGAAUACGGAAAAAUGUCUCAAUUUCAACAGAAAUUAAACUCCAAACUGGAACAUAAUGCAAGAUCUGUGUUUGGUAAGUUCUUUGCCUUAUUAUUUUCUUAUUGUUUAGUGGGCAACAUAUCUUACGAUGUGUCAGAAGAAGAGAUUAAGCAACUGUUUUCUCGUGUUGGCAGCAUCGUCCACUUUCGACUUGUUCAUGAUCGGGAUACUGGAAGGCCAAAGGGAUUUGGCUUUUGUGAAUUCACAGAACCGCCAAUGGCUGAUGCUGCUAUUAGACACUUUCAAGGCUACGAGUUGCACGGACGAGCUCUACGCGUAGAUUCAGCGUCUGCUAGCGAGAGAAACGUUGAGGAGGUAAGGGAUUUACUUGGGUGUUUGAUAGUGUUUAACUAGUUUUAAUCAUUGAGAUAGGUAUUUUUAUCGAAAAGUAUUAUUUAUUUUAGACACAACAAAUGCAAGCUGCAGUUCAAGCAGCCAAAGAACAAUAUACUCGAGUAGAAGAGACACAGUACGGAAAAGAGACUGAUAGAGGUAAAGCCCCUGAGGCCAUUGCUAAAACAGUGUCUUCAUUGCCACCAGAACAGAUGUUUGAACUUAUGAAGCAGAUGAAGAACACUGUAACCUCGAAUCCUUCUCAACUUCGCCAGUUUCUGUCAGAGAAUCCUCAAUUGGCGUAUGCGUUAUUACAGGUAAGUUUUAACAUAGUGGAAGUUACUUUUUUGUAAUAAGUAACUGUUGAAGACUUACUUUAAUUUUUCAGGCUCAAGUUGUGAUGCGCGUCGUCGAUCCAAAGGUGGCGUAUUCAAUGCUACACAGAGAAACUCCAGUAACACAACAACCAUUCCACAAGAUGCAUGGAGUGGCAAAUGGAGGCAAGUUUAUAUUAUUUCUCUAGCUGUAAUAUAGUAUUUGACAAAAUAGGUAUCUUCUAUAAUGGUUUUUUAAAAUAUGUUUUUUAUUAAAAAUGUUUAAGUGUUUAAACAUCACUCGGUUUCAGGUCCCCCUGCUUACACCGGGCCUCCGCCAAGCCAAUAUAACCCACCAAUGCCAGCUCCUCGCAACUACGGGGGCCCUCCUGUGUCUUCAGCUCCAUUAUCAAGAUUUCCAAUGCCACAGUCACAACCAUCACCUAUUCUUCCGUCAGCUUCACUUCACAACGCGCCUGGAGGUAGUGAUGAUGAACAACAACAAGCUCAGAUGUUGUUGAGAGUAAUGCAGCUUUCAGCCGACCAAAUUGCUUGUCUGAACCCAGAUGAUCAAGAGAAGGUCAGAGCACUGAAGGCGCAGCUGUUGAACUCUAGUUAGUAAUGGUUUCAAAAAAUCAUUGUAUGUUAAUUUAAGUUUAAGCUAUUAAUAACUGGUUUUUUAUGAAAAUAAACUCCUAUAUGUAUAACAUAAUCUUGGUAUCAUCAUGCCUACAAUUAUAAAGGAAGUUGAAGCGAGUGAUGGCAUGUUUUGUUGAUGUAUCGGAUUUCUGUUUGAGUAUUAUACAAGACUGUAUAGCAUUUGGUGGGAAAUAAGGGCUCCUUUUACAAAAGUUCACAUAUGUUUUUGUUUACGUCACGAUCUUCGUACAGACGUCAGCUUUUGACCGGAAAAGAGUCAUCAGCUCGGCAAAUUGGGGCCUAUUUUGUUUGUAAACGGAUGCCAAGUCUAUGGAAGGGCUGGCUUGUACGAAGGCCGUUCUUUAAUUAAAUGCCGCAAUACAAACAUGACAAGCACACUAACGAUGUCUAGGACAAAUCAUAAUAUGAAUUACCGAAGAGUGACUUAAGGAAGUCUAGGUCUUGAAAUAACGUUUGGUUUUAUGUCAUUAUGGCUUCGGUUUUGUCAUUACUAUGUAGCUAUUUUUGUGAGAGUUACAAUAUGACAAUCGUUUUGUAAAAACAUAUGUUUUGCUUUACUUAGCCUUAGUUAUGUACUAUGUAUAGUAUGAUUUUUAUUUCGUAUCAAAGGCUUCACUAUCUAGUUACAGUAGACAAAUGAAGGUAAUCCUUCAAAACGCUAAACGAGACCAUUCCUUAUUACGGAGGGGUAGAUUUCAGAAAUUAGCGGUGUAAUUUACUGGAUUAGACGUCAAUCUCGGAGAUUGUUAUAAUACUCAAACAAAGUAAUUGGCUUAAGAAGUUAUUACGCCUACAAAUUGGGGGGAGGGUCCGUCCACCGCCACCUCUCAGUUUUCACCUCCUGGCCUCGGAUUUCGUGCUAACGAUGCUCUAUUUAUGCCAUUCGAUUGCUUCAGAGCAGUGCCUUCCGCAAAAUGCAAUCCUUGGUCGUGUCCAGCUUGGUGUUCCUCCUGACAGUGAUGGUGUCCACAUCAGAAGCGUCGCCGUUCCCUCCACACACGUCGCUCGUCAUCCAAGACACGCAACUUAUCCGACAGUUCCUCGACCGAUAUCAACCAACCGUUUUGGUGCAUCCAGUUGUACGACGGUUCGAUGUGCAGGUAAGACUACAUUUGCAUAAUUACACAGUAGUCGCUACCGACACCUUAAAUGUAGGUAUCAAUAGCCACUAUUUUUAGUACAAUAACUUUUAACUUUCUCAUCCAAGAGAAACUGUACAUAAUAUAACAUUGUUCUUAGUCAAUUUUGUUUUGAAGCGUUAAAAAAUUUAAAUUUCUCUUUUUUACAAGUAUUUUUAAUGUCAAAAAUAAUAUUUUUCGUGUAUUUUUAAACUAGAGUUUUUUGUGUUGGCAUUGUGUUGCAAGUACUGGUAACUUUUCAAAAAAGUCAUUGAUAAGAAAAAUAAUGUUGUUUUAUACAUAAUAUAAGGUUUUUUAAUAAAAAUGUUUUUUGAAUCUAGCAGGUGUAACGUGAACGAAAUGCUUCUCUAUAUUUUAACAAUUUUUAUUUAAAAAAAACUCAAAAGUAUACAUCAGAAGAUAGAAAGUUAACUUGUAACAGACUGCCAAUUGCUAUCUAGACUUGAAAUCUAUUAACUAUACCUGCUUGUUGAGCACAAAUUAUCAACUUUUCAACCGAAACUUAAAUUUUAGGCAGAAGACCUAGACGACAGCGAUGAGCACGUGUCGCUGAGAACGAUGGCCAAGCGGAACAACGCCGAGGUCGUGAACCACAUCCUCAAGAACUUCGGGACCUUGGAUCGUUUGGGCGACGUAGGAAAGUGA